UCUAUCUAUCGUUUAACCUUCCUGCAGAUUUGAAGACAUGUGCCGUUUUUCAAUUGGAGUCUCUUGGGCCGAGGUCCGGUGACGGCGUUUUUCCUCUUUUCGUCCCGUCUUGGGUUCCGUCUGAGAUGGGCGUCCCGUUCCCCGAGGAGGGAGUCUGUCCGUUGUGAAACCGCCGGCCGAGAUGCAGUUCGACGGCAUCCCCAACUACUUCAACAAGAGGCGAGUCAAGUCUCAGAACAUAGUGGACAAGCUGAGGACGCGGGAGCUUUUCGGCGAGGUAAAGAUGGGCACCUCGAUGUACGUGAACCGUUCCUUCUACGAGAAUGUCGUGCCCGACUACACGAUAGUGAACGUCGAGAAGCCGCCUUGCUUCUUGCGCAAGUUCAGCCCCGACGGCAGGUAUUUCAUCGCGUUUUCAGCUGACCAGACCUGCGUCGAGAUCUACCUCUACGAGGGGUCGACAUCGCUCAACGGCAUCCUCAACACGUGCGUCAACGAACAGUUGGCUUUCAAAGCGGACCCACUCAACGAUUACAUCCGCCUCGUCGCGUUCGAAUACCUGUUCAAGUGCAAAUUCUGCGUCCCCGUCGCACCGAGGGGCCAGCAGUUGAACCGGGAGUGCAGCCUCUUCACCCAGGACGGGCAGCACGUUAUCGUCGGAGCGGCGGCCUUCAUCACGGACGACAACCGGCCCAACUUCUACGACGUCUACACCAAUAACGAAGCGGUCACUCCCAACCCCCGCUCACCGCUCGAAGACUACUCCAUUCACAUCGUCCACAUUCAAUCUGGAAAACUUUGCGAUUCGAUUAACUUCAAGACUGAUAAAAUUUACUUGUCCCACAAUCAGGGGAUUUACCUUUAUGAGGAGACACUCGCCGUCCUCUCCGUACAGCACCAGACCAUCCACAUUUACCACGUUCGCAAGGGUAGGUUCGUCCUUAUGAAGAAGAUCGGACAGUUCGUCUAUAGCCAGGACAAUUCUAUGUUCUACAAUACAUACUGCGAUUCGAGGGACCCGACUGAAAUAGAAGCUUUGCAACGGCCGUACAGGUCAAAAAUUUUGAGCGGCCUCAAGCACCGGAUCUUGGCCUAUUUGUUUAGGACGCUCGUCCGGUCCUCGAUGCCAUGCUGCCGUUACAAGCGACUCAGAAAAUUCUAUGAAAGCUUUGACUAUAUUAAGUCAUUAAGAAUGUGGAAGAUGCAGUUACUAGAUGAAGACCAUCUACUUGUCAAAUACGCCUCUGAAGAAGUUGUUACACUUAAAGUUUCAGAACCAAACUCACACGCCUCAUUUUUUAUCAUAUACAACAUAAGAUCGACCAAGAUUUUACGUUUUUAUGAUUGCAAAACAAAAGAACUAGUGGAAUUGUUUGAAAACUUCUGUGAUCAUUUUAGAAAUGCUAGGCCGCCGACAGGUGGCCCAAUAAUGAGCUCUCCUUCCAAUAAUGUUUAUGCCAGGAUAAAUCAACUGAGGUUUAAACAAACCAUUGUGGGAGCGAAAUAUGGAGGUCUUGUAGAAGCUAGAAAACGAAUUUUAGCCCAGUUACCAAUUAGCGCGCAGUCCUACAGCUGUAGUCCUUAUUUAGAUUUAUCGCUCUUUAGUUACGACGAUAAGUGGAUUUCGGCAAUGGAAAGACCAAAAGCAUGCGGAGAACAUCCUAUAAGAUUUUAUUCCCGGCAAUCGGGACUACUAAAAUUUCAAAUAUACGCCGGAGUUAUUGGAAGAAGCCCACCCCCAGCGGCAAGGAGACUGGUAGCUUUUACAUUUCACCCAACUGAACCAUUUGCAAUUAGUGUACAACGAACAAACUCUGAUUAUGUUGUGAAUUUCCAUCUGAGACUACCUACAUAAAAGUUGUGUUAGAAAUAUUCGGCGAAACCGUAUUUUAAUCAUAAUACUUUUAUGACCAAAAUUCGAGCUUUAAGUUAUAUCGUUGUUGUUAUUGUUUUUAUUAGGCCAAACUAAACUAAAUGCUAAAACUGAAAUUAUAUUUUUAUACUGAAUUUUUAAAUGAUUUAAUAGGAUUUGAACUAUCCAUACUACUAACGAUAAGUGUUGUGAUAUUUAUUUUCUUAAGUAUUGUUAUGUCGAGUACAAAGUAGUAAUGAUAACAUUAAUUUGUAUAUUGUAAACUUUUGAUCUGUUUUUAAAACAGUAUGUACUACCGAAAAUCCAAGGGCAACUAUCAAUCGAGGAAGAUUUGGGAAAGUUCAAUGAAUUUUGUAAAAAUUAUUUAUUCAUGAAAAAAUUAUAACUUAUAUCAUACAUUUAAAAAAAUGAAUGAAGUUGUUAUCUAAUUAUCCUCUAAAGGAUAAGUAAAGGCUGUCCUUAAAUUAAAAUGAGUACACACUGUUUUUGAAAUUUAGAAAAACACCUGAACAGAUAGCUUGCUAGUUGAAGUCAAUAAUUACAUAUUAAUAUAUGAAAUAAAAUUUAUUAUUGUGGAUAUUUUGAAGACAGAACACAGCUUUUAGUUUUUAUUACUUGUUGGUCAUUUCCAUGUUAUGUUCAUAUUAAUAAAUUAUUACUAUACUUCC